GCUCGAGCUUCUUUGAAUGAGAUUCACAGGGUGUUUUGGUAGCAUAAAAAAGAAGGAAAAAAUCAUGGCAAAAUGAAAUUUGUCCGGACGCUGGCACUCUCGCAGCCCCAACUACCGAACUACAUGCCAUCUGAGAUUCAGAGGGAGACCAUAUUGCCUUGUAAAAUUUUGCUUUUUUCCAUUUCCCAAAACCCCUAAUAUGCAGAGUCGUUGUGCCUGGACACCACCUAGCAUGCCUGCGCCACUCUUGUUUAAACCAUCUGCUUUCUUAACCUUUCCAAUUUCCAGGCAUUUGCACACCCAACCCUUUGAUUCCCUUACCUCUAGAAGGGGAAUCUCGCAUUACCCUUCUCUCGUGGCUACCUUGUCGACUCGGACUUCUUCCACCACCGACAAAGAUGCCGUUCCAGUUCAGAGCGAGCCGACCCAGAAGACCCAGCAGCCAUUGCAAGUGGCCAAACGCUUGGAGAAGUUCAAAACUACAAUUUUCACGCAAAUGAGUUCACUUGCCAUCAAACAUGGAGCAAUAAAUCUUGGCCAAGGUUUUCCCAACUUUGAUGGUCCAGAAUUCGUUAAAGAAGCAGCUAUUCAAGCCAUAAGGGAUGCAAAGAAUCAAUAUGCUCGAGGUUAUGGGGUUCCAGAGUUCAACUCUGCAAUUGCUGCCCGGUUCAAGAAAGACACUGGGAUUGUAGUGGAUCCUGAAAAAGAAGUUACUGUCACCUCCGGGUGCACAGAAGCCAUUGCUGCAACUAUACUAGGCUUGAUAAAUCCUGGUGAUGAAGUAAUCCUAUUUGCCCCUUUUUAUGAUUCUUAUGAAGCCACACUGUCUAUGGCUGGUGCCAAAAUCAAAAGUAUUACUUUGCGUCCGCCAAAUUUUGCUGUUCCCAUCAAUGAGCUUAAGUCCACCAUAUCAAAGAAUACUCGUGCAAUUCUUAUUAACACACCACAUAACCCCACUGGAAAGAUGUUUACUAGGGAGGAACUCAACACUAUUGCAUCACUUUGUAUUGAGAAUGAUGUUCUGGUUUUUACUGAUGAAGUUUAUGAUAAGUUGGCCUUUGAAAUGGAUCACAUAUCUAUGGCCUCUCUUCCUGGAAUGUAUGAGCGGACAGUAACAAUGAAUUCCUUAGGGAAAACAUUCUCCUUAACAGGGUGGAAGAUUGGUUGGGCAAUUGCUCCUCCACACCUGACAUGGGGAGUGCGGCAGGCACACUCUUUCCUAACUUUUGCUACCUCCACUCCAAUGCAGUGGGCGGCUGCAGUGGCCCUUAAAGCCCCAGACUCCUACUAUGAAGAGCUAAAAAGGGACUAUAUGGCAAAGAAGUCAAUUUUAGCGGACGGAUUGAAGGCUGUUGGUUUCAAAGUAUUCCCAUCAAGUGGGACAUACUUUAUUGUUGUUGAUCACACCCCUUUUGGCCUAGAAAAUGAUAUUGCAUUCUGUGAGUAUCUGAUCAAGGAAGUUGGAGUGGUAGCAAUCCCGACCAGUGUAUUUUAUUUGAACCCAGAAGAUGGGAAAAAUUUGGUGAGAUUCACCUUCUGCAAAGACGAAGAGACUCUGAGGACUGCAGUUGAGAGGAUGAAAGAGAAGCUGAAGAGAAAUUGAUCCUGUUUGUGUGGAUCUAGUUCUCCAACUCAACCACAUCUGGGGAUGAAAUAUUGGUGCUGUAAUGUUAAACCUUUCCUUUUGAAGGUAAGUAGUAUAUUUCUGUGUUAAUUAACUUGGAGGCUAUAAACUUGUGGAUUUAGAGUAUUAAACUGAAUAACCAUGCAUGUGAAAAAGAGAUGUCUUGGUUAGUACCUCCUUGUUCACAAAAAUCAGUUAAUUUGGUCAUUGAUAAUUGCUUUUAAAUAUUGUUUAAA